GAUGACAGUCACGAAAUGGUCAGAAGCAAUACCACACAAAUUACGCAAAUGCCGGUCUUUAACAGCACGUAUAAAUACGGAAGAUCACGGGGAGGAUCCUUAGUACUGUCCAAGGAGAUCGACACGAUAAGAAUAAUGUCUCGUACCGUCUGUAUAGUUUUACUCGUGGCCACAGUCGCCGUGGCCAUUGUGUCGAGCGAGAAUGUCGAAUUAUAUUCGGACAAGUACGAUUACGUUAACGCUGAUGAAAUUUUAGCCAACGAUCGACUACGCGAUCAGUACUUUAACUGUUUCACUGGGGCUGGACCCUGCUUGACUCCUGAUGCGAAAUUCUUCGGAGGAAACUUUCCCGAAUCACUCGUAACGCAGUGUAAGAGAUGCACCGAGAGGCAAAAGAUCAUGUUCGAUAAAGUGGUUGUAUGGUACACAGAAAAUCGUCCGGAGGAGUGGAAAAAGGCGGUUGAGAUAUUCAUAGAAGCUGCCAAGAAGAAGAAAACCGUGAGCUAAAGAAUUGUUUCGAUACGUUUCUAUGACUUUACGUAUUAAUUCGUCGUCGAUCACAUGUAUAAGCGUUAAAAGUAAUAUUGUUGAAAUAUCAUGAAUAGGGAGAUAUUAAACAGAAAAAUAUACAGUUAAUAAUAACUUUAAAAAAUG